AUGGCUAAAUCUUACAUAAUUCUUCUUUUCAUUGUGUCACAAGCUCUUGCAGCACCAUACAAAUCACCAAACGGUUGUGGUUAUGAUUCAUGCAAUUUGGGUAAACCCGGCAAACUCAACGUUCAUAUCGUAGCUAAUACACAUGACGACGUUGGUUGGCUAAAAACAGUCGACCAAUAUUAUUAUGGAUCACGUAGUGAAAUAGUUAAUCGAGGUGUUCAAUAUAUUCUCGAUUCAGUGGUGCAAGCACUUACAGAAAAUCCUGAUCGUCGAUUUAUCUAUGUCGAAAUGGCUUUCUUUUGGCGUUGGUGGAACCAGCAAUCGGACGAAAUACGCAACACCGUCAAGCAACUUGUUAAUGAAGGUCGCCUGGAAUUUAUUUCCGGUGGUUGGUCUAUGCAUGAUGAGGCAGCAACACAUUACAAUUCGAUUAUUGAUCAACACAGCUUAGGUGCCGAAUUCUUGCGUGACACAUUCGGUGAAUGUGCUCGACCGAAAAUUGGCUGGCAAAUAGACCCAUUUGGCCAUUCACGAGAAGUUGCUUCACUUUUUGCACAAGUUGAAUUUGUUUGA